AUGUCGGGGGCGGAGGUGAUCGCAGUCGUAGCCUGUGUGGCAGCCAUUGUCUCCGCCUACAAUGAUGGUAGCCGGAUCCUCACGGCCAUCCGAAGCAAAUGGCACGACCGCCGCCGACAAUUAGACCAGUCCACCAUGGAUCUGGAGUGGUCACUUGCCCGUGGCCCUCACGAUGUUUGGUCUCAAUAUCAUGCGCACCACCAAGAGCUCGGUCGUCGCUACGAGGAGGGCGACUCGAUCGCUCGUGAGCAGAUGAAAGAUAUCAUCAUCACUCUGCAAGGUGCUUUGUUAAGACACCUCCGAGAGGCACAGGAGAAAGGCGCCACUUUGGAUUUGAUGGCCUUGCAGAUCGAGUCGGAACAAGGGCGUGUCAGGACUCUGGUCGUGCUCAGGGAUUUGUACCAGCGACUGGCAAGGCCAUCACCUGUGCUUCCGUCCAUAUCAAUGUCUAUUGAUCCGAAUUAUCGGAAGACCUCGGCUGACGGUCGCACAAUUCCCAACUCGCCUGACGGCUUCUUUCCCGAGACACGGCACUCUCCUAGCGGGUAUCCUAUUUCACCGGGCGGAUAUAUCGAAAGCAUGUGUGCUUCGCCGACCUCGCCGAUGUCCCCAACCGACACACACGGACUACCGAGGAGAGGUGUUGAACCAUCUAGUCCACGAUCCAGCUUCAGCCUGCCUCGCCGGCGAUCAUCGGGCAUCGGGUCAGUGGUGAGUGACAUGUUCCAUUCCCGCUCAAGUCGCGGGAGCAUACCAUCAGUCCCGUCGUCAGUACCCGAAUCUGGCCUUUUCCCAUACGGAGCGAUGCAUACAGUACCGCCGACAGAGCCGAUACCUGACUUCGGCGUGCGACCACCAACCGAGCCGCGCAGACCCAAGUCGCUCUCAACCAUCCCACACGACGAGAUAUGGGGAAACCCGUGGCAACAUGAAUCCAUCCUGGAAUCCGACGAAGACCUCACCUUCCACCUCAAACACACCCAUCUCUCACCCGUCUCAUCCAUUCCCCGCCGCCAGUCCCUCCCACCCUCAAUCGCCUCAACAGACUCAACCCCCUCGAACCCAUCCACAAAUAGCGACCCAGCGAGAGCAACACGUCCCCUCUGGCCACCCAGCAAAGCAAACAACUACCUCGGCUUCUGCAAAGGCGCCUGGAAAGUCCACACUGGCUUCGCCGGAUUCAAAAUCCACUCAGAGCCCGGCUCAGGCUACUACACACAGCGGUCAUGGCUGCGCUGCAAGGAAUGUGCCUUCGAAGCCCCAAUGGCCAAAUCAUCAAGCAGCAAUCCGCUCUUCGACACGAGCGUUAGAAUUCACAAACCAACCGGUAUCCGCUACCGCUCGGAAUUUCUGGCGAAAUCGCAUGUUCCUUGUAAACGCGAUGCGGCGGCGUCCUUUUCGCCGACAACGCCGCGUGGCGCCUUCUGUUGUGCUUUUUGUUGUGCGUCUUAUCAGGGGUCCACGCAGGUUUAUGGGAAUCUUGAUACGUUCAUGGCGCAUUUAGCGCAGAGUCACUGGGCUGUUGAGAGAGAUACACUUGCACUUUUGUCGAGUACACGGUGCGUAGUUGGUCGGGUGGCGGGUGAUUCGGAGUAUUUCGAUGUCAAUAUAUUGCCGAGAUGA